UAUUUUUCAGUAUGCCGUGAGCUUCUGAAUAAGUAUUCGUGACGUGAAUCGUGUUCGGGCAUUUUUUGUGAUCAAUUGUUGAUAGUCGAGAUGGCGUCGAGCUCUGUGAGCCAAGAUGACAUUGACAAUGAUUUUGAAAAAUGCUCGAGGAGAAGCAAAAUACGAACUGCGCGGGCUCACAAAAUUACUCCUCCAUCGAAGAUCGUGGUUCUCUACAGGAAAUUCUCAUCUUGGCCCGUGGAAUUCAUUGAGAUUCUACCUUGCUCAUCUGAUGAAAGAUGCAAUUCGGUGUCCAUUUCCCCCGAGGCGAGAUCCCCUUAUCUCUCGCCUGUCGAGAUUUUUAUCGCGUCCGGCGACUUUUGUCAAGAUUUGAUAUCGGGAUCCCGAAAUAAAGAAGAGGCCAGUGAUUCCUGGGCUCUUUUUGAUGGGUUCAUCAGUCACUGCCUUACCCGAACGUGUCACUCGAGAAUGAGGCUUGACAGUGGCAUGAUUGGAGAUGACGAGGGAGGUGACACGAGUCACGGUGGCGAUGUUGGCUGCGCGGAAACGAAGGAUUCGGGGGAAAUCGGAGUUGAGACAAUUUUGCAUUUUUGCGUAUUGCCGAGGGUGUGCUCUUUUAAUUAG